GUUAAGUGUUCAUCGCUUGCACUUAAAAACCGCCACCAAUACACACACACACGCACACACACUUCCUUCCUCUUCCAUACUUUUAAUCACAUUGCGUCUUCUCCUCCUCCCGAUCCUGCAAUCUCUUCUCUGCUUCUGAUCCCUUUCAAUUGAUGAUGGCGGAGACUGAGGGAUCAUUGGCCGAUGAUCGAGAAGUGAUCGGCGGUUUCGAGACUAAGUCUCCAUGGAAAACAACUGCUUCUCCUGUGGAAACCGUCGACGCUCCGGUAAUGGGUGCUCACUCGUGGCCUGCCCUCGCCGACGCGCAGCAACCGCGUCCUAAGAAUCUUCCGACGGCGGCUCCGCUGUCUAAAGCCAUUCCGGCCUCAAUCCCAGCUCCUGCUCAGGGUGUAGCUGGUCAAGGGAAGUCUAAGGGUGGUGGAAAGGGCAACCCUGCGCACAAGAAUCUAUCUGGCCGUCAUUCAAAGCCAGGCCCGAAGAGCAACCAAAGUGGUCCUCCUCCUCCCCCUCCUCCUUACGUGAUGCACGGUGUACCUUAUCAUCCCUCUCCUUUUCCACCAAUGGUGCCUCCCCCGCAUGCUACUGGUCCAGAUUUUCCGUAUGCUCCUUAUCCUCCUUACCCGGUUCCCGGAGCUCCUGUUGCAGAGUCUGGCAAUGAGAAGAAAGCUCAAGCUUCCCCUCUUCCACCUGUUUUGCCAGCUCCUCAGGGAGACCACCCUGGACAGCCUUGGCAGGAUCAGAGGGGGUUUGGCCCCAGGAACAUGCCACAUGGCGCUGCUGGACCGAGGAAUUUCGUGAGACCUCCGUUUAUGGGACAAGCUCCUGGGUUCAUGGUUGGUCCAGGUUCAGGAUUUCCCGGGCCUGUAUACUAUUUGCCGGUUCCACCCCCUGGAGCUAUUAGAGGUUAUCCUCUACGUUAUGCUCCAUACCCUGUUAACCAGGGUCCUCCAGGACAGUCUCCAGAAAAACUCGACUUGAAGGAUAGAGUCAUAAAACAAAUUGAAUACUAUUUCAGUGAUGAAAACCUUCAGAAUGAUAAGUACCUCAUAUCCUUGAUGGAUAAACAAGAAGGAUGGGUUCCCAUAAAAAUUAUAGCUGACUUCAAAAGGGUUAAGAUGAUGACGAUGGAUGUAGAGUUUAUUGUCUAUGCGUUGGGAUAUUCUAGUUCUGUUGAAGUGCAGGGUGAGAAGAUACGCAGGCGAGACGAGUGGGCUAAGUGGGUUCCUGCAUCUAAAAGGUCAGACUCUGAGGAAAAAGUUGGAGACAAUGACGGAGAUUCCCCAGAGAGUACAACAAGCAGAGAUAACUCUGAAAAACAGUCAAAUGAUACUUCAAAGCCUACUGCGUGCUCUUCAGAGGUACAGGGAGCUCAGCCAUCAAGAACCGAUGCUAAUGGAAGUGAUAUCCUGAAAUCAUCAUCAAGCGAACAAAGAAAUAUGGAUGACUUGUCAACCGAUUUUUCAAAUACUUUCUUGCUUGAUGAGGAAAUAGAUCUGGAGCAUAAAAGCCCUAGAAGGAGUGGACUUUCCGUGUGCAAAAGAAUUGAGGAUGAAGACGAUGAUAUUGCUGUUGAUGAUCAUGAUCAUGAUAUUCAGAAACUUGUAAUUGUCACCCAGAAUAGUGGGAGAAGUGAUGGCACUGGAAUCAGUGGGACAAAAGCAAAAAACAUUCCUAAGGAGCUUGCCUCCACUAUAAACGACGGUCUUUACUACUUUGAGCAGGAGCUGAAAAAGAAUCGACCUGGUCGUAAGAAGAACAAUUCCCAUUUAGAUAGCAGAGAUGGAAAAGUGAAAGGCGGAGGACUGAACAUUAAACUAGGUGAAAAUUCCGCAGCGAAUGGAGGUGAAGAGCAUAGUAUUAGGAGGAAGCAAAAUAAGGGAACCCACAAAAAUCAAAUGGCCCAUGUACGGAGGUUCUUUUCCGGCAACACAAGGAACCAUGGGGCUGUUUCUGAAAGUCCGCCUAGUAGCUCCAUUGGAUUUUUCUUUGGUUCUACACCACCAGACAGUCAUGGCCACAGGCUUUCAAAAUUGAGUUCAUCACCACAGUACUCUCUCUCUGGCAGCAGUCCACCUGUGGGGUCUUUACCAAAAUCAUUUCCACAUUUUCAACAUCCGAGCCACCAACUGCUUGAAGAGAAUGGGUUUAAGCAAGAAAAGUACUUGAAGUAUCGCAAGCGGUGCUUAAACGAAAGAAAGAAGCUGGGCAGCGGAUGCAGUGAGGAAAUGAAUCAUUUGUACCGAUUCUGGUCGUAUUUCCUCAGAGAAACGUUUGUUCCGUCUAUGUAUGAAGAUUUCCGGAAGUUUGCUCUUGAGGAUGCAGCUGGCAAUUACUACUAUGGGUUGGAGUGUCUCUUUAGGUUCUAUAGCUAUGGCCUGGAGAAGCAAUUCGAUGAAGACCUUUACAAGGACUUUGAGCAGCUAACACUUGACUUCUACCACAAGGGAAACCUAUAUGGCUUGGAGAAAUAUUGGGCUUUCCACCAUUACCGAGGGCAAAAAGAACCGAUAAAGAAGCACCCUGAGCUAGAGAAGCUACUGAAGGAAGAAUACCGCAGCUUAGAUGAUUUCCGAGCCAAGGAUUCAGCCACCAGCCAAAAAGAAAACAAGUCUCACUGAUGACUUGAAAGAGACAGAAAAGCAGAGACAUAUCAUAGGCUACUGCUUAUCACUAAGCAAAUGAUCCUUAAACCUUGACCUACAAUUUUUGUGCAUCUCUUCUUCUGGGGGAAGAGACCAACCAAGUGAAGCCAUAACUCUUGAGUUUUCAAGGAUAUUUUUCCUUGUUGGUGUAAUCUCUUUUUUGUACAUAUAGGGAUUUCAUUUUCUAAUUGCUCAAUUUUGAAAAAAAAAGAACAAGAAAAAAGAGAGGUGGUUGUAGUCUGUAGAAACAAUAAGAGAUGUUUGUUUUACUUGAGAUUAUGGUACAUUUUUUGUUUUUGUAAA